AUCCUGCUUUCCGUCACCAUCACCAACCCCAUCGACGACGACUGCAACAACCAAAAAGAGCAAUGGACUCAUUUCUCGCUGAUGCAGACGCUCUGCUGACCAAAGCUUCUCUUUCUCCCGAUCAGAAAAUCCGAAUCCGCCAUGCCCUGCACAAUCUCCCUGUCCCCACUCCCGCCCCCAUCCCCACGGCCCGCAACGGCCCCGCCGCCCCGGCAAUGAGCAGCGAAGUCGUCUCCGAUAACCCGUACUCGCGCCUCAUGGCUCUCAAACGCAUGGGCAUCGUGUCCAACUACGAGCGCAUCCGCUCGCUCACGGUCGCCGUCGUGGGCGUAGGCGGCGUGGGCUCAGUCGCCGCCGAGAUGCUCACGCGCUGCGGCAUCGGCAAGCUCAUCCUCUUCGACUACGACAAGGUCGAGCUGGCGAACAUGAACCGCCUCUUCUUCCGCCCGGAGCAAUCCGGCCUGUCCAAAGUGUCCGCCGCCACCCAAACACUGCGCAACAUCAACCCGGACGUCGUCUUCGACGCCCACAACUACGACAUCACGUCCCUCGACAACUUUGACCACUUUCUCAACCUCUUAUCUACGGGCGGUCUCGCAGACUCCCCCGUCGACCUCGUCCUCUCCUGCGUCGACAAUUUCGCCGCCCGCAACACCAUCAACGCCGCGUGCAACGAGCUCUCGCAAACAUGGAUCGAGAGCGGUGUCAGCGAGGACGCCGUCUCGGGUCACAUACAGCUCAUCGUCCCGGGCCGCCUGGCCUGCUUUUCUUGCGCCCCGCCGCUCGUCGUGGCCUCGGACAUCGACGAGAAAACUCUCAAGCGCGAGGGCGUGUGCGCGGCGUCCCUGCCUACCACCAUGGGCAUUGUCGCGGGGAUGCUCAUCCAGGCCACCCUGAAGCGCCUACUCGGCUUCGGGCAUGUGUCCGACUACUUAGGGUACUCGGCGAUGAAGGACUUUUUCCCCACUAUGACGCUCAAACCCAACCCUGCGUGCGACGACUCGUGGUGCGUAAAGCGGCAGGCGGAGGAGAGGGAGCGCAUGGCCAAGGAAGAGGCGCGGAGAAAACUUCACAAAGAAGAGGAGAUGCACCCGGACAACGAGUGGGGCAUCUCCGUCGUUGACGACGCGGCCGGGGACCCGCCAGUAGCUGCAAAGAGUAAGCAAGCGGCGGUAGCAAAGGGUCUGGAGUACGCCUACGAGGAGAGGACGGUAGAGGAGGCAGAUGAGGAUGAGCGUGUCAAGGACACCGGGGCAGAUCUGGAAGACUUGAUGUCGCAGCUGAAGGGGUUAUAAAUGUCUUGGAGAUUUUUGUACAGAUAGGAUGAGAGAGGUGCCGGUCGCAAGCUAGUUUUUAUCAGCAUCUUCCAGGUCGGGAGUUAAGUUGGCUGACGCAGGCGCAGGGCCGUCGAAGAGGGUGUACUCGAUUAACUCACGGAGCUUAGGGGCUUCCAGCGCUCCUUCCAUACGGUAUUGCAGCUUGCCCUCGCGGAUGAAGAAGAGGGUUGGGAGGCUGUUGACAUUUCGGCGCGGACAAAUUGUAGCGAAGAGUUAGCAAACAAAAAAAUUCAAAAAUG